AGGCGAAUUAAUGCAGAUCACAGUUCUCCGACGACCGAACUUGCAAAAUGAAAUUCUUUAUUGUCCUCGCUCUGGCCGCGGCCUGUGCCGCUGACCGCAAUGCUGACAGCGCUGCCCAGAUCGUGAGGUCCGACUCCGAGGUCAACCCUGACGGCUUCUCAUAUGCCUAUGAGACCAGCAACGGCAUCAUCGAAAGCGCCAGCGGCAUCGUUAAAAACCCUAACUCUGAAAACGCAGCCCUGUCGGUUAACGGAGACUUUAGCUACCCUGGUGACGAUGGCAGAACCUACCGCGUCACUUAUGUCGCUGAUGAAAAUGGCUUCCAACCUCAGGGAGAGCAUCUGCCCACACCGCCGCCAGUACCAGAGCUGAUUGCCCGCGCCCUGGCGUACUUGGCAGCACACCCACAGCCCGAAGACAGGUUCCAGCAGGGCCCUGGCUCUACCGGAGUCCCCGGCCGGGCUCCUCCUGCCCGCUUCCCCGCCCCCGCUCCUCCUGCCCGUUUCCCUGCCCCGGCUCCUGCCCGCUUUCCCGCUCCCGCUCCUGCGCGCUUCCCCGCCCAAUCUCCAUUCGGCAAAUCCACCCGCAGAUUCUAGAACAACCUUUCUACCAACAACGAUCACUGCCAUUAGUCAAUAAAAUUAAUAUAUAA